UCUAGUGAUGAUGGUCUGCGCAGUGUUGUCAAGGAUUCGUUGUACUGUCUUCGCUAAUCGUCCCUUGUGCAUCAUAGAGUUGCCGGAUCUAAAGCUCAUGGAAAGAAGUGCGGUGGUGAAUUAUCUUGUCAAGACUGGACUCGAGACUGGUGCAACGAGUCAGAGUAGUGCAGCAUUGGAACCCGAAUAAUGUGGCUGCGGAAGAUCGAUAUACACUGCGGAGGAUGCGCGACUCCGCCAUCGAUGAAUGCGUGGAGGAGAUCACAAAUUUUGCCAUCCUGUCACAUACAUGGGAGGCGGACGAACUCAACUACGAAGGUUUCCACCAGGAGUCCGGCAGUGGCAACCAGGACGACAAGAUGCUCGCGAAGUUCUGCCACAUUGUCUAUGGGGAUUAUGGAGCCGACUUUGCUUGGGCGGACAGUCUGUGUUGAAAAGUUUAGUAGCGCAGAACUGGAUGAAUCGAUCCGUUCAAUGUUCGCAUGGUAUCACAAUGCACAUAUUUGCAUUGUUUAUACGGGCCAAACGCAAUCACUGCUUGACCUCGCUGCCGAUCACUGUUCACGCAACGGUGGGCCUUACAGGAGCUCCUCGCGCCGCCGCGAUUAAAGGUCUAUAACAAGGACUGGUUCCCACUUACCGACUUCCGGAACGACAAGAUAAGUGACGAGGAGAUGGAAACACUCACGGGUGGGACCUCUCUCCAGUCCCGCCUUCUUGGCAAAGCCAUCUCGACCGCGACGGGUAUAGACAGGAAUCAUUUUCUUAAUUUCAAGCCCGGAUUUAUGAAUCCAUCUUCACCAGAACGCACGAGGU